CCAGACGACGUGCGUUCUCGGCGUCCUGCCUCGAACGUCGAAUUCCCUAGUCUCAUUUCUAGAAAAUCUGUCAGAGAUACGUCGCAUCAUGUGGCAAAGUAUCGGGAUGAUGCGAACACAGAUUCUGCUGAGCAGACUCGCUAAACCAGUGAAGGGUUAUCAGCUGCAGCGACACAUGCUGCCGGUAUCGCAUAGAAUAAAUUUCAUUCCGGACCGUGCCGAAGCCUCAUCAGCAGCCAACAAACCCCCUGAAGGAACAGAGAAGUUGACGCUCUUCCAAAGGUUCAAGAGAGAUUUCAGUCGAUAUUGGUAUGUCAUGCUCCCCGUACACAUCACGACUUCGGCUGGAUAUUUUAUGUGUUUCUACUACCUUUCGAAAAUGGGUAUAAGCCCCAUACCGCUGAUGGAGUUCGUCGGGGUACCGCAAGAAUACCUUGCUUCUCUGAAGGACUCAGACGUUGUCAAGGUAGCGGUAGAGAUGCUGGACAAAGCGACGCAGCUCAUAGACUUGGAUCAGACCCGGCCCUUGAAGUGCAUCAUCCAAGAGCUCUGUGCCAUCUGGUGCAUCAGCGAUCCGGUGGACAACUAUGCGCUGGAAUUCUCCGAUCCAACGAAUCCGGUGUACAUAACGGAGAAGAAUCGCUGUGAAAUCAAGAAUGGCCUCUUCCUCAAAUUGACUGCGAGCCCAGCUCGGCGCACACAGAAGAUCCUGGACACACUGAACGCGACUGGCAACAAUUGCCCUGUUGAGGUUCUCAAGGAACUUCACAGACUGUCUCUGGAUCCGACGUUUGCGCUGGAGUUCAUCAACAAGCAAGGUCAUCAAUACCUUCUGAAAAGUGUUCAAGAGACGGUCCACACCGGCGAGAGACUCGCAUUCGUACUCCUGAGUUUUGUGGAAUUGAUGGACCAUGGCAUCGUAUUGUGGGACAUUGUAGAGCCUAAAUUCAUCGGGAAGGUGGCGAACAAUGUCAAUCAGAACAGUCCCACCGAUCUUCGGAUACUUCACGCAUCGCUAUGCAUCCUAGAAUCAAUAGUUCUUAACUCUUCAUCGCGCUACCAUCUCGUAGAUCAGCAAGUUACUCUCCCCAAUCUCAUAGCCCACAUCCAGAGCGGCAGUAGCGAAAUCCAGCAGAGUGCUAUUGCCCUCAUCAAUGCACUGUUCAUCAAGGCGGAGCACACGAAGAGGAGAGGCCUCCACGCAACUCUGUCCUCGAAGCAUAUACGGAAGGUCAUCCUGGCGAACAUACUUUCAAAAGGUCAGCAGAUGGUGGGCACGGAAAUGGCCCAUCAGCUGUACGUUCUGCAGACACUCCUCUUCUCGAUGCAGGAUGAACGCCGAAAACAAGAAUUGGAUUCGAACGACGCCGACGCUAAAUUGAAACUAGAGGAAUUACGACGCAUCGCUUUCGGACCCACCGAGGGAUCAUCAAAUAAAUCGUCCGCAUCGAAAUGCUAUCGGAAACUCGGUUUCCAGAGCGCUUCGAAUCCAGUUGAAGAUCUGAUAUCGCCACCUGGCGCUUUAGCUCUCGAUAAUAUGCUCUACUUCGCUCGUCAUCACAACGAUCAAUACAUUAAAUUCGUCAUUGAAAAUUCUGUCAGGGGGGACGAGCAUGAGGUUCCGUUCGCUCGAGCGUCUAUUAGAUUGAUUCGUCUUCUGACGGAAGACAUCCUGCAUAUAGGAGACCCUCCGAGAGAUCAGGGUCGAUCGUUCCACUUCAUGUUCUUCACUCACGUGUACCCGUUCGAAGAAUUUUUCUGCGUUUGUAUUCAGCUCCUCAACAAAACGUGGAAAGAGAUGCGGGCGACGGCUGAAGAUUUCACGAAAGUGCUGCAAGUUGUGCAAGACCAGAUCGAAAGAGCAAUGGAAGCGCCGGACGGCACCACUCCCGCGGAUUUCGAGAAACUCAAAUCGAAACUCGCGACGCUGCCAUAUCAAGAAAUCAUGAACAUUUGGAACGAGGAAAGAAGCAACAAAGAGGAGUGCGAAACCAAAGCCAUACCGAUCGUACAACUGCGCGAAAUGCUCACUCCGGACAUACUGAGCCUCAUUCAACAGCAUCGCAUGCAACAGCUGACUGAAGGAACCCUCUUCACGAAGUACUCCGCCAAGGGACACCGCAUCAAAGAUAAAUUCUGGUACUGUAGACUGUCUGCAAACCAGAAGAUCUUCCACUACGGAGAUUGGGAUGAGAAAGCUGCACCGCCUAGUGUUGAUGAAUUGCCGCACAAAUUCGCUGUGUCAGAAAUCCGUGCCCUCGCGACAGCCCGCGAUUGUCCUCACAUGAAAGACGCUCGGAAAACAAAAACUGCCGCUUCCCUAGCGUUCUCCUUGCUGCCAGAGCAAAGUGAACAAGAGGCACUGAAUUUCGUUGCACCUAGCGAAAAGGUGUUCUAUUUCUGGACGGACGGCAUACGAGCUUUGCUUGGGGAGCGAAUGACUUCGAAGGAGACUCAGCAAGAUCUCGAAAUGCUUCUACAUGUCGAAAUGAAACUCCGGCUCCUCGAUACGGAGGGGGUCCAGAUACCGGAGAAACCGCCCCCGGUACCCAUUGAUCCACCGAACUACGAUUUCAUCACUCCAGUAUUUUAACUUAUGCGUUCCGAAACCCGACAACUUUCGAUACUUGAAGGAGAAACUAAAAUACAUAUGUAAUUCAUAUAUCCUAGUAUAUUCGCUCUCGGGCCAAUCGAGUGAGGAUCGCAAUCUGGGAGAAGUCAUCUUGGUGAGAAGUACUUUCCCUAUCGAGCAUAUAAAUAUGAGUAGGGUUAAGCAUGUAACAGCGAAGGCAGACGAGAUAGCCGGAACACAU